GUCACCCAGCACCCACAACCCACAUGUUGUUUUGUUGUGUUGUGACAUAAGAGGAUAGAAGUUAGAAAAUUUCCAGCUGUUACCAUUUAACUUCAUUCAAUUAGGUUUAUGUUAGGGUUAGACUUUGAGUGUGUCAAAGUAUUUAAAUGUAAAUACAUUUUAAGUUAAUAAAUAAGUUUCAUUAAAAUGGAUGAGACAUCAAAAAAGACGCUAAGCUCAAUUCCUCUUCUGAAAACUAAAGCUGGACCACGGGAUAAGGAUUUAUGGCCUCAAAGGUUAAAAGAAGAAUAUCAAGCUCUAAUUCAGUAUGUACAAAACAACAAGGCAGCUGACAAUGACUGGUUCCGGUUAGAGUCUAACAAGGAAGGGACCAGGUGGUUUGGGAAAUGCUGGUUCAUUCACAAUUUACUGAAAUAUGAGUUCGACAUUGAGUUUGACGUCCCAGUGACAUACCCAGCUACGGCAGUGGAGAUUGCUCUGCCAGAGCUCGACGGUAAGACAGCCAAGAUGUACCGUGGCGGGAAGAUCUGCCUCUCUGAUCACUUCAAGCCUCUGUGGGCGAGGAAUGUACCAAAAUUUGGCAUAGCUCACGCCAUGGCGCUAGGGCUGGGACCUUGGCUUGCCGUAGAGAUUCCAGACCUUAUAGAGAAAGGUAUAGUCACUUACAAAGAAAAGAGCACACAAUAAGGGUUACGGAAAUAAACUAUUUUAUUAA